UAAUAAAUGCCCAAAGAUUAUUUAUCAAAUCGCUUCCGAAAUGUCUCCCUGUAGCAAGGACUGACGUCAGUGAUGUCAAACUCAUUUUGGCUCGCGGGCCGGUUGCAAACAAAAAUUAUCUUCCGGGCCAAGGUAAGUCGGAAGGGGAGGGAGAAGUUGCUAGGAAAUAAAAUUCAACAGUUGUAUGGACUUCAAGAGAGAUUUAAGAGCGUGUUACUUAAAUGUAAACGAGUACACACACAACAUAUACAAAUUAUUUCUCAAUUUUCCAAGCUAAAUCUCACCCAAGCCAGGUAUAAUGAUGUUCUCGUUCUUCCUUCGCGGGCCAGAUUCAAAGACCUCAUGACAACAAUUACCGAUUUUCUUCUAUUUCGAUCAGCAUUAGGUUUGAUUACGUUUUCUAGCACGAAUAGCCAGAGCUCGAGUGAAAUUGUUGCUCGGCAAAGAUACAUCGAUUGAAGUUUUGAACUAGGCAGUAUACAAAGCAUUGAUUUUGCUGUAAAAUGUUGACGGAUGAACAGUAAACAGAUUGGUAAACAGUGAAAAAGACCUAACCAAAACAUUUAAACUCUUGUUUUAUCAAAUUUUUAAUCUCGUUCGUUUGUGAUUUAAGCAAAAUGUCGGCUCCUUCCGUUAAAAGAUAUAGGAGAGAUUCUGAAAAAAGCGACGAUGAGGAAGAAAACGGUAAAUACGUCCCUUAUGUACCGGUGCGGGAAAGAAAGAAGCAGCAGCUGCUUAAGAUGGGUCGAAUCGUUCAGCUAACUGCGGAAGCAUCUGCGGUCGGAAAAUCGUCCAGCGAAAACGAACACGAAGAGGAAAGCACGGAGGAAUCUUGGGGCAGGAAAUUCAACAUAAGUCUGCUGGACCAACAUACCGAGCUUAAGAAGAUAGCGGAGGCUAAGAAAAUUAGCGCCGUUGAGAAGCAGCUGAAGGAGGAGGAGAAAAUUCUUGAAAGUGUUGCCGAAAAGAAAGCGCUUAUGGGUGUGGCUGAGUUAGCUAAAGGUAUACAAUAUGAAGAUCCCAUUAAAACCAGCUGGACUCCGCCAAGAUACAUCCUAGCCAAGCCAGACUCCCGUCACGAGAAGAUUCGCGAAAAGCUUCGCAUAUUAACGGAGGGCGACAACGUACCACCACCAUUACUUACUUUUCGCGAAAUGAAGCUACCUAAAGCAGUGCUGGCAGCAUUAGCGAAACGAAAUAUUAAAAAACCUUCUCCAAUUCAAGUGCAAGGAAUACCGGCCGUGCUAGCUGGACGAGACUUGAUCGGAAUCGCUUUCACUGGUUCCGGAAAAACGUUGGUGUUUGUAUUGCCGAUAAUUAUGUUCUGUUUGGAGCAGGAACUACGGCUACCCUUCAUAAAACGGGAAGGUCCAUAUGGAUUAAUUAUUUGUCCAUCACGGGAGCUGGCGAAACAAACGCACGACAUUAUCCAAUACUAUUGCCGGCACCUGCAGGAAGCGGGUAUGCCGGAAAUUCGUACCGUACUUGCAAUUGGAGGAGUUCCGGUUAAUGAUGCCAUCGCGAUCAUUCAACAAGGGGCACAUAUCAUGGUAGCUACUCCGGGUCGUCUGAUGGACAUGCUGGAUAAGAAAUUAGUCAAUCUCGACGUGUGUCGCUACUUGUGCAUGGAUGAAGCUGAUCGCAUGAUUGAUAUGGGCUUUGAGGAGGACGUACGUACAAUAUUUUCCUAUUUCAAGGGACAACGUCAGACUUUACUGUUUUCUGCUACAAUGCCGAAAAAGAUUCAGAACUUUGCCAAAUCUGCUCUUGUAAAACCGGUCACCAUAAACGUCGGCCGGGCUGGUGCGGCUUCCAUGAACGUUACACAGGAUGUGGAAUAUGUGAAACAAGAGGCAAAGGUGGUGUACCUAUUAGAAUGUCUGCAGAAAACAUCACCACCGGUGUUAAUAUUCGCUGAGAAAAAGCAGGACGUCGAUGCGAUUCACGAAUAUUUGUUACUAAAGGGCGUAGAAGCUGUGGCUAUCCACGGCGGUAAGGAUCAAGAGGAGCGGUAUCGUUCGGUCGAAUCGUUCAGAAAUCAAGAAAAAGAUGUCCUGGUCGCCACUGACGUCGCAUCCAAGGGGUUGGAUUUUCCUGACGUGCAACAUGUAAUAAAUUAUGAUAUGCCGGACGAUAUCGAGAACUAUGUGCAUCGCAUCGGUCGUACGGGAAGAUCCGGAUCGAAAGGUUUAGCGACAACUUUUAUCAACAAGGCAACGGAACAGUUUGUGCUGCUAGAUUUGAAACAUCUUCUGAUCGAGGCUAAACAAAAAGUACCUCCGUUUUUGGGUGAACUUUGCUCAGAGACAGAGAAAUAUGCCGAUCUGGGUGAUGGUUGCAGUUACUGUGGUGGUUUAGGACAUCGUAUCACUGAGUGUCCCAAACUUGAAGCUGUACAAAGUAAGCAAGCUUCGAACAUUGGUCGUAGGGAUUAUUUGUCGAAUACGGCCGCUGAUUAUUAAAGUAAGUUGAUAGCAGUUGUAGUAUUAAUAUGUAGAGCUACCAACAUUUAGUCGUGUACAAUAAAUUUAAUAUGGAAUAAAUAUGACAAAUGUGUUAAUAAAGUUAACGAUAUUAACAAUA